AUGGCACAUAUUUUCUCUCUUUCAACUCCAGCGCCAUCGGCGUAUCACGAAGGAAACCGUUCUGGUGACCAAGUCAAGUUUCCAGACAGCGGAUUUUUCCAAGGCUUCAACAAACCUUCACGGCUCGAAGCGGACAUAUUCGAACUGGAAACCACUGGCACGAUUCCAAAAGACAUCAACGGUACCUUUUACCGCAUACAGCCAGAUCAUUGCUUUCCUCCUCUUUUUGAAGAAGACAUACACUUCAAUGGCGACGGUUCCGUGUCAGCCUUCAGAUUUGAGGAUGGACACGUCAACUUCAGACAAAGAUUUGUGCAUACAGAUCGCUUUAAAGCAGAAAGAAAAGCCAAGAAAGCCCUCCUAGGGAAGUAUAGAAACCCAUACACCGACAAUGAAAUGGUCAAAGGCAUCAUCAGGACCGCAUCCAACACCAAUAUCGUUUUCUGGCGGGGCGUACUGCUUGCCAUGAAAGAAGACGGCCCGCCCUUCGCUAUGGACCCCGUCACUCUCGAGACAAUUGGCAGAUAUGACUUUGACGGACAAGUGCAGUCCCCAACAUUCACCGCACAUCCGAAAUUCGAUCCUGAUACGGGGGAGAUGGUGUGCUAUGGCUACGAAGCGGGAGGUGAUGGACAUGAUGCGAGUUGCGAUAUUGUUGUCUACACGAUUGACAAAGAUGGGAAGAAGACCGAGGAGUGCUGGUACAAAGCGCCAUUUUGCGGCAUGAUACACGACUGUGCAAUUACGAAGAACUAUCUUAUCUUACCACUGACACCGAUCAAAGUAAAUGCUGAGAGGCUGAAAGGAGGUGGAAAUCACUUCGCCUGGGAUCCAGAUGAAGACCAGUGGUAUGGCAUCGUACCUCGCCGAAAUGGCAAGCCCGAGGAUAUCAUUUGGCUACGCGCUGAUAAUGGCUUCCACGGCCAUGUAGCAGGCUCCUAUGAGGAUGAAGAAGGUAAAAUCGUGGUCGAUCUUUCAGUAGCCUCCGACAACGUCUUCUUCUUUUUCCCGCCAGACAGCCUUGCCAACACACCAACUACACUCCUGCAACGCAACAAGUUAGUUUCCGACACAUAUCGCUGGAUCUUCGACCCGCGUACUCCAACACAUACGCGCGUCAAACCGUUCAAGGCAUUUGGCAUCAACGGCGAGUUCUCGAGAAUCGAUGACAGAGUGCUGACGAAGAAGUAUAACCACUUCUGGCAAUGCAACAUCGAUCCGAGUAAGCCAUAUGAUUUCCCCAAGUGCGGGCCCCCGGCUGGAGGGCUAUUCAACGUGCUAGGCCACUUUCAAUGGGACGGCGAAAAAAAGGAUACCUACUUUGCGGGGCCGACGUGCACGUUUCAAGAACCGGUAUUCGUUUCCAAAGCUGGGUCGACGGUAGAGGGUGAGGGGUAUCUCAUAGCGCUGUUGAAUCACUUGGAUGUGCUCAGGAACGACAUUCUGAUCUUUGACGCCCAGAAUCUUUCGCAAGGACCGCUCGCUGUUGUGCAUCUGCCUGUGAAGCUCCGGCUGGGGCUACACGGGAAUUUCAUUGAGCAGAAAGACAUUGAUGAUUGGGCGGAGAGAAGAAAGGAGGGUGGGGAUGUGGGACCUGCGAAGGCUGCGGCGGAAAUGUUGCCGUGGCAGAAGAAGUUGGCUGAGAAACAAGGCCUGGGAGAGGCGGUUCCGGUGCCGGUAGUGAAUGGGGUAAAUGGGCGGUAAUCAUAUCUUGAAACAUGGAAGUUCGGCAUAGUAGGUGUCACGCAGUAUCACUUCUUCAGCUUCUAGCUCCUGGCUCGCAGACAUCGCUCAAAUGCCUCAUAGGCUGCUAAGAAACACC